AUGAAUAAAUUAAUAUUAAAUGUUCUAUUUAUAGCAAUAAUUAUUUGUGGUGUUGUAAAUUCUUUAGGUUUUACAAGUACAACAACAUUAAUUGUUGAUGUAACUCAAAAUAACCAAUAUCCAAAAUAUGGAACAUGUGGUACUGCCAGUAAAACAUGUAAUAAUAUUCAAGAUGCAAUUAAUUAUUAUAAUAGAAUUUCCCAAAAUUCCAAUAUCCAACAAUUAAAUUUAUUAUUAGCCGAUGGUGUAUUUAAUAAUACAAAUAAUUUUAUUGAAUUUAAAAAAUUCAAUACAACUAUUUCUCCAUUAAAUGUUGGAUCUGAAAAUGUAAUUUUCGAUGGUUCAGUAGGUACUAAAUCCAAGGAAACCCUAUUCUCAUUUGUCAGCUCAACAAUUUGGAUUACCGGUAUUCAAUUUGUUAAUUUCCAAAGUGAAAGUUCUUUAAUCUAUAGUGAAUCUGGCCAAAUCAAUAUUGACCAAUGCUCUUUCAAAAAUGUUUCAAGUAAAGAUGGCACUGUUUAUUUAAAGAGUUCAAAUAGUUUAAUCUCAAAUACAAUUUUCACAUCAAACUCUGUCAAGAAAACUUCCGAUUCCGCCUCAGUUAUCAGCUUUUUCACAAGCUACACAAAUAAAUUCAUAAUCUCCAAAUGCCAAUUCAACAAUAAUGUCGCAUUGAAUGGCGGUGCCAUUUACGCCAAAAACACUGCACUUAUUACUGUUCCAGAUCCACUUGUGUCCUUGAUUGAGAAUACCCUUUUCAAUGGUAAUGUUGCAAGUGGAAAAGGCGGUGCACUCUACACUGACAAUAUUCUAUUAAUCGUCGAUUCAAAUGUUUUCACUAAUAACACCUCACCAACUGGUAGUAUUAUUAAUUUAAACAAUGGUCUUAUGAAUAUUACCUCUUCUUCAUUCUACUCUGGAACUAGUUUAAACUAUUUCUUAUCAACUAUUAUCUAUACAACUAAAUCAGAUUUAAAUAUUGAUGAUAGUACUUUUGAUAGAAGUUUUUCAGUUGCAAUUAAUUGUGAUUCUUCAACUGUUAUAACUCAAAAUAAUAAUCUUUCACUCAGAUUAGUUUGUUAUAAUUGUAUUUCAAUUAUUGAAGGUACUCAAGAUUGUCAAGGAGUUCCAAAAAAUUUAGAUUACUAA